AGGUGCGGCUUGGCAACAGGUGCCUGAGAAAUUGUACCGUUUGCAUUUUAGAGGUGAAAUUGCCAAGGUGGUUUUAUAGUUUGCAGAAAGCAGCUGCUACUUUCUAAAAUAAUUUUACAAAAGAGAGCUCUUUUUUGAAGACAUUAAUUGUGUGAACGCGUGAAGGGCUACUUUUCUCAACCAGGUGGACAAUAAUUUCGUCUUCGUUCCAAUCGAACUAUUUGUUGACAUAUUCUACUACAAAGGUUUUUACAAGGUCAGUGACAUUCCUGAAACUCAGUUUGAUUCAAGGAGUUGAAAAUGGCCAACUCGGGACUCCAGAUUUUGGGGUUUGCCCUGGCGCUACUAGGUCUGAUCGGGUUAAUUAUCGGCACAAUCCUGCCACAGUGGAAAAUGUCCGCCUAUGUCGGGGACAACAUCAUCACAGCGGUGUCUAUGUACCAGGGAUUAUGGAUGUCUUGUGCAUUUCAGAGCACCGGCCAGAUCCAAUGCAAAGUCUACGACUCAAUUCUGCAACUUGACAGUAAGUAGGCUAAUGAAUGUGUGUGUGUGUGUGUGUAUAUAUGUAUAUGUAUAUGUGUGUGUGUGUGUUCCUUUUUCCAGUAUGGAACUAUGAAAGUGGCAUGAGUAAAAAAUUGUUGAGAACAUGCUGUUUGAAUUUGCUAGGCGAUGGAAUUAACGCGCGUCCAUCCUAUAGACUCAUGCGCCGAGUUUUAUUGGAAACCUGAUCAUGUUCUAUGAAACUGCCACACCUUGUGUGGGGUUUCCGACUCUUACUUAGUGUCUAUCCUCUGUUAACUUUUGGUUGCGUUAUCUAUUUGCUAUUCAUUAACCCAACCCCUAUGCAUUUUAUCCAUCAACAUUUCGAUGUUUUCUUUGCCCUUUAUAUGGGGUUGCUACUCUCUCUAUCACCUUCAAUUCACGAUAUCUGCCGAACCUGUGUGUUUACAGGAUUACCGCUCCCGAAUCUGGGUCAAACUCCGGCUACUGGAGGAAUGCCUUGUAUUCACAUUUGUUCGUGGACAUGGCUGGGUUGCGCUGUUACCACUAGGGUAAUGAUUAUCCAGACAGCCAUUGUCCUGUACGGUGCCAUGCCCUCAUCCGCCUAUUGAAAAACCCUUAGGUUAGCUGCGGGCGGUAUCAAGGGGGCACGAGUUGCAGGCAAUGGGGGUAAAUAUUGCCUUUUCUCUGCUCUGUGUAGUCAAUACGCCAGUGAAUGGACUCACAGGUGUGGCACUGUCUGAGUGCACAGUCAGAAAAAGCCACAGAUACAUUCCUAAUAUAGCCUAUUACUGAAUAAAACAGGCAGCAAUGUUCUCCUGUUUAGCCUCCUACCCCACCGAAGACAAAGAUCAGUUUAGUAUUGGUCUGAAAACGACCUGUUGUAUUGUAACUAUGGAAAGAACUAUAAGACUCUACUCAAGGUUCCAGGCCAAUUCAAGGCCUAUUAGACCAUAGUGCAGAGGAAAUGCUGAAGGUAAAAGACUGUUUUAACUUUAUCUCAGAAAUAUCUGAAGGUGCUAUUAGAGCACAAUAUUAGCCUAAACCAACACAGAAAAUCACUAAAUCAUGACAUUACAUACAUUUAGACAUGGCCCAAUGGCAACAUGUUAGCAUCUGACUACACUCUCUGCCAACUGCCCCCUGAUUUAAAUUGCUUGAUCCUGUAUCUCAACAAGUAGUGAUUUCUCUGUCCACUACAUCCUACUCUUUCAAAUGUAUUUUAUAAAGGCCUUUUAUAUCAGCAGUUGUCACAAAGUGCUUCUACAGAAAGCCAGCAUAAAACCCCAAAGAGCAAGCAAUGCUGAUGUAGAAGCACGGUGGCUAGGAAAAACUCUAUCCUCUGUUGGUCUUAAUCAGUUUAAUCAGUAGCCACCCAGUGGUGUCUAGAUGUAGAGUUAAGUGUGUGGCUUACUGGGUGAGUGCCAUCCAUUCCACUCAUAUUUUCACACUUUGCCCACAGUGUACCUGUAAAGUUUAUGCUCCCAGACACCCGCUGCUUGAGCUCCCUGACUGUGUAUGGUAGUUUUAGUGGCUGUAAAACCACUGUUUGACUUGUGUAUCAACACCUUUUGAUAACGCUGUAUCGUUUUAUAGACUCCUUAUCUCUAAUACUCUCCUUUUGCUUGUAUGCUUUAUCAUAUCUGCAAACAUGAACACAAGCCAGGUCUGAUAAACGCACUGUAAUCAAACCAGUGGUCAGAUGUAACAAGUCAAUAAAUAAUAGCUUGAUGUCAAUUGCAUUGCACUGAUAGCAGGGAGGUGGAGAAUUGCCAGAUAUGAGAAACUGUAGAAAUGCAUUAUGUUGUGCCAACUGCUUACUUAGUUCCUCAUGUGUUCCUUGUAAAAGAGGAUGUCAGAGUAGUGUUUUUCUCAUGCCCGUUGUGAUAUGUGGAACUGGAGCCUUUCAGAAAUGCAUCGUUUCAGAGGUCGGUAUGUUGUCUAAAUGCUUCCUGACUCGAUAGCAGGUGUUAUGAGGCAACUUUGCUGACGUCAAGGCAGCCAUUUUGAUUUGGGCUCUUUUGAAUGUCAAUUGUAAGCUAAAGCUAUCUACCUGCUGUAGGAGGGUCUAGCUAGCCAAUGGAGAGGGAGUGUUUUGAGCUGCAUGGAGAGGGAGUGUCUCUCUCCAUAGUGAAACCCAACUCCCCGACACUCCACGUCUGUCUCAUGACUGGUUCCUGACUUGCAACUGAGCGAAAGAGGGGGAUGGGUGGCACACACACUUCACCCUCAUGAGGGUUUCUGGUUGAAGCUAGUUUCUGUUGCACCUGACUAGAGGUGCAUUGGGAGAGGGAGUGGUUGAGGCAGACAGAGCAUAUCAGUGUUUAGUUUGCAUAUAUGGUUUGUGGCUACACUGCUCUCAGGUUUUAAUAACCUGGCUAUGAAAGCUAAACACGCCUAUAACUGAGUUAAAAACAUUUUAUUCCUAGGACUGAAACUUGUGGCUGAGUUCAAAGUAUUUGGUUGGAUAAAUCAAAACAUAUGUCAAUUAACAUGGUCAUUUAUUCACUCGACCAUUCACUUCGCCUUCCUCUAUCAAACUAUAACUUAUCUCAGUUGGGGAGAGAAACUGAAAAGGAGGGCCAUGUCCUUUUGUAAUGCCCCAUGAAAGAAUUGUUUGCCACCCUAAAGGGGUGUAGGGAUAUCCUGGUGUAUUAACCCUGUCCUCCCCAACUCUCCAGGUGCACUCCAGGCAACACGUGCCCUUAUGAUUGUGGGCAUCAUUGUGACCGUGGCUGGACUGGGUGUGGCCACCAUGGGAAUGAAGUGCACCAACUGUGGAGGAGAUGACAAAAACAAGAAGUCUCGCAUCGCCAUGACCGGAGGCAUCGUCCUGCUGAUUGGAUGUGAGUUACCUUGAAAUUGGCACAUGUGUCAUUUGCUCUUGAUUCUCUGUAUGCUCUGAUAGUUUAACCGCUAACAUUUUGUUCCUCCUCUCCAUAGCUCUGUGUGCAACUAUCGCCUGCUCGUGGUAUGCUAACAACAUCAUCAAGGAGUUCUACAACCCAUUCGCCCCCGUCAACUCCAAGUAAGUACUGCUGAAUCCCUCUUUGGCCACCUUUUUUGUGCCCCUCUUAUCACCUGGAAUCUUUAAUUCACUGUCUUGAUGGAGUUGUUGAAUGCUGGAAGUUGCAUUCCAUUUUUCUGUCAUGCAUGUCAUUGUACAGAUACUGAUGCCAACACAAACCCUCCUCAUCCUCUAGGUAUGAGUUUGGUUCAGCCAUCUUCAUUGCCUGGGCUGGAGCAUUCCUGGACAUAAUUGGCGGUGGCAUGCUCGCAGCAUCCUGCCCCAAGGGCAAACCUAAGGCCAAAUACCCCAUUGCCUCUACCCGUCCCCCCAGCAGCAGCAAAGAGUACGUCUGAGUUUCAUGGAGGCUGAAGGAAAACUUAAGAAUCUACAGUGCACCAGUCCAACUUGAAAUGUGGUCUCUGUCAAGUUCACUUAAAUAUAGCAUUGUUUUUUAAACUACGUAUUAUUAUUUUAUUUUUUUCGGGAUAUACCCUCAGUUACUGAUUUUAUUGUAAGAACGCAAUUAAGAGAUACGGUUCUAGAGGACUGCUCAUGAUGUUUACUUGUAAGGGAGAGCAGAUGGUGAGUGUCGGCCUCAGACUGUUUUAUAUCCCCCUCACACAAUCGCUCCCCUUUUCCCGUGUCUAUUACUGUAGCCUACAUGGACAGGCGAGAUGAUUGUAAUGAUGAUGGGGCCAUCAUGCUUUGGUAUUGCAUUACAAUCGCCAACCAUCCCACAACAAACAGGAAAUGGAAGCCUAUAUCUUAGAUUUAUAAUGGUUUAUGCUAGAUACAGAAUUUUGAAUUCAAUGAUUUAGACAACACAGAAUAUGAAUCGGUCAGUGAACACUUUUUUUUAUAAUUUCUGAAGGCCCGAGACUGUCCUCCUUCCAUAACUUUACAAGAUGAUUGCCAGACUAUUUGCUGUGAUAAACUUAGUCAAUUGUAAAGUAAUGCUCUCCAUUUUGUCUUUUGUUUGUUUAAUUGGCUAGUAACCUACAGUGUGUGUGUGUGCUUCAAAAGGAUGAAAAUGUAUCCUCCUGUUCCCAAGAGUAGUUUUGUAAUACUGCCACAUCUUAAAUAUUGAACUUUGUAUUUUAGAUUUGUCUUCUGUAAAUAAAAUAAAAUGGUGAGAA